AUGAAAGCUUUCGUUUGUAAUGUCUUAUCCGCGUAUGCUAUUCUGUUGCUUUCCAACAGUCUAUUGAACAUUCGGCUUCUCGUGGAAUCUGCUUGCUCAUGUUGUUUACGCACAGCGGAUCCGUGCAAAUGUCCGAAAGUUCGUCUUGGACAUUUCCCUUCCGAAUGUGGUCAUCCGAUUUCGAACCUGACCCUGCUCACACGAAAUCCGUAUAUUUAUGUUCAAGCUCCGAUCCGUAUGUCCCCGGGGUUGUAUACCGUGUUGUUACUGGACACCGAAAUCUACAACCCCCCUAUUCGAUGGAUAAAAGCACACUUGGUUAUGGUUAGCUGGAAUAUACAAUAUGAGUGCCUGUUGAAUCCCGACGGUUGCCAACUGAAAGAGUAUUUACAGACCAAAACCGCGAAUUGUUCGGACCAGUUUGAUCGGUUUGAUCCGCUGCGACUGGUUCUGCUCCGUCAGCGCCAGGAAAUGAGUGGGAGUUUUUGGGAACAGUAUGAUACGUCACAGGUGAAUCGGGUACUGGCAUACGCUGAUCUCUAUCGAAGUCCAAUACUGCAAUUUCCUCCGGUACGCAUGAGCGAGUAUCAAGUGCACUAUUGUCUCCAUGAUCCAAUCUAUCAUGAAUAUUUGAUCACCCGUGAUUUCGAGUCGUACGAGACCGGUUGUCAGUUUGAUCCAUCAAGUCAAUCCACUCUACAAAAUCCGUUGGUAAACGAAUUUCCCAGAAUCUCGAUCACUCAAAUCCAAGUGAACGAGGAACUGAAUGACUGUUAUAUCAAAAGAGAUUGGAUCCAACAGCCGAAACGGGCUCGGUCCGAGAACCGUCAACGUGUGCGUGACUGUCCCCUGGAUUUGAUUGCGUUCGUGCGCAAGAUGAACGGAUCUGUUGCGCGGGACCGGUUCAUUCAACAUAUGCACAAACGAGCCGAGGAGUGGCUGUGGAUGUCUAAAUUGGAAUAUAUGCAUUUGAUGGGCAUUAAGCACUCCUCGGAUGUCUAUUCGAAUCACGAAGUCGGAUUUGAUAUACACGCCGUGUUUUGUGGCUCGUUUUUGAAACAGAAAAAGAAAACCACAUUCUGUGUGAUUCGAGCCGAGGCGUAUAGACAAAUUUUGAUGGAACUAGGUGUACGUUGGUAUUCGGAGAACUGA